CCGCCCCGCUCCUCAUUAACAUAAUGACGCAGCUGCUCACCGGGGAGGCCCCGGGCGCUCCAGGUGAAGAUCCACAGAGCUCCCACUUAGACCCGGGACCAAACAUGGCUCCUCUGCUGCUGCUGUUGGCGGCGUGGCUGCUGGGUGCGCGGGCCCUCUCGGACGCGGAGGACGCAAACCCCCGGGAGCGGCUCUUCCUGCGCUCCCUCGGUCUUCCUGAGCGGCCGCGGCCCGCGGGGGGCCCCCAGCCGCCCCGCCGCCCCGUCCCCUCCCAGCUUUGGAGGAUGUUCCGCAGGUCGGAGAACGCGCAGGCCCGGGAGAGCGACCUCUGCACGGUGUCCGAGUACGGAGUCCGCGGCAACAUCAUCCGCUACGUGCAGGACCAAGGCCGGCUGGUUUCGGGUUGGAGCAGCAGCUGUCAGGCUUGUCUGGAGAAGCGGCUUUUCUUCAACAUGACGGUCCUGCAGCCGGUGGAGCUGCUGUCUCUGGCUCAGCUGGAGAUCAAGCUCCCCUGGAAGCCUCUGAGGCCCGCGGAGCUGCUGCAGGGCCCGCGAGCCGUCAGCAUGUCGCUCUACAAAGUGAUCCGAGCCACGCUGAGGGGAGCCGACCCUCAGGCCAACCGCAGGCUCCUGCUGUCCCAGUCGGUCCAGCUGCGGCCGGAGCCAGCCGCCAUCACCAUGGACCUGACGGCGCUGGCGGAGGGCUGGCGCAAGCCGGGUCACAACUACGGCUUGGUGGUGGAGCUGAGUCCGCUCGGCGCGCACCCGGACGAGUUUCUUCCCUUUUUACCGGGCAACACUUUCCCGCGGGAAGCAGCCCUAACCUUUCCUCUGAUCGAGGCCUCCCUGGUGGUCGUGUCCCUGAACCCUCACCAGUGCCGCUCCCGGCAAAGGAGGAGCGCCGUCCACCUCCCCGUCACGCCCAGCAACGUGUGCAAGGCCCGCCGCCUCUACAUCGACUUCAAGGACGUGGGCUGGCAGGACUGGAUCAUCGCCCCGCAGGGCUACAUGGCCAACUACUGCCACGGCGAGUGUCCGUUCCCGCUCAGCGAGAGCCUGAACGGCACCAACCACGCCAUCCUGCAGACCCUGGUCCACUCCCUGGACCCGCAGGGCACGCCCCAGCCCUGCUGCGUUCCCAUCCGCCUCUCCCCGAUCUCCAUGCUCUACUACGACAACAACGACAACGUGGUGCUCCGACACUACCAGGACAUGGUGGUGGACGAGUGCGGCUGUCGGUGACCAACAGCAACUGGUCCGAUUUUAAGUUUUGCUGUUUUUCUUUUUUUUUUAACUGAUGAUAAUGAGAUUCCUCUGUUCUUAUUACUUCUAGCUGUCAAUAGAACUUUUUUAUAAGUAUAUAAUGAUUUUUUUUUUUUUUUAGCUGGUGAUUGCAAACAAGGUAAUAUUUGUGUUUGUC